ACGAGCGCGCGCGUUCUGUCCGGUAAAGGAACAGCAAUGAGAACAGCGGGCUUUUCCCUGGAAUAAACAAAAGCACCGGGCCAACAGAAUGCGGGAGCGGGAUGUACAGAGUGUGUGUGCGUGGCUGCUGCUGCUCACCCUGGCCUUGCUGUCUCUCUGGGGGCGUCUGGCUCUGGCCUCCUCACACCGCAACCAUAUAGUGCAUGUGAAAGCUGGGACGUGUGAAGUUAUUGCAGCCCAUCGCUGCUGUAAUAAGAACAAGAUUGAAGAGAGAUCUCAGACUGUCAAGUGCUCCUGCCUACCUGGACAGGUCGCUGGGACCACCAGAGCUGCUCCAUCCUGUGUCGAUGCAUCUAUAGUAGCCCAGAAAUGGUGGUGUCAGAUGCAACCGUGUCUGGACGGAGAGGAAUGUAAAGUUCUACCAGACCUUACAGGUUGGAGCUGCAGUACUGGCAACAAGGUUAAAACAACAAAGGUAACUCGGUAGUGGCAUGCUCCAAUCAGAGGAAA